UGACCCGAGAGAUCGUGGACCUCACACACCUUCACGGCGGCCCUAGCACUGGAAUUCCUCAAAUGUUUGUCAACACAGAUCAGUUGUCAGCGUCAUCUGGGCUUCAUACGAACCAACACCUUUCUUAGUAUGGAUGCCAUCACGAUUGGUGAUGAAUCUCCCUUUCUACGCGUCAGUCAUCGGAACGCGUGCAGAGGGACGGCAACAAGAGACUCGCUCAUCUCCAGGCUCGGAACGGGGGUGAAUACCCCAAUCAACCUUGCUGUCAUUGUGAUCAAUGUGAUACUCUUCUGCAUCUUGUAUCUCCUGUUCGUCAGUCAGACGCCUGCGUCCGCCACAAACCAUGCCGUGUCGCACAUAAAGAUCCAUGGCUUUGGUUACCUUGCUUUUACUGCCCAGCUCUAUAGACUCUGCCCACGUUUGUUGGGCCACGCAUGACGGGCAACCGCUUUGCUCGCUGCAGACUGCAAACGCCUGGCCUCCCCCGUCUUACAUACCCGUCCGCCACUCCCAUCUUCGUCUUGGUAUUUGGACGCCUCAAGGGAUCGGAGUAGCAGCCGAUGCCCUAUCUCGAAGGUCCCGAAAUACGUAUUCGCGCAGCUUGAUGUUGAGGUGGAAAUGAUAUGUUACAGAAGCUGUGACGUUGAUACAAAACCAAGUUCCGUCGUCAAUGUUUCCAGUGCAACCUAUCAUGCUUCAAAGGAGCAUACAAAACCAUCCAUUGGCUUUAUCAUCCGACCCUUCAAAGAUCAACAGGGUACGAGACAGUGGCUGCAGUGCUAAGAAGCAAUGUCAUCAGUCCCCUCUUUGUCGCUCGCCAGUCUCAUACUUGGCUUAAGGGGUCAGCACCUCGGAGCCUGGGACCUUCUCCACUCGAGCAAGAACCACCACCCGUUGCAGAAGCUACUGCAAGGGACGCGUUCUGGUCACAUUGGCGUCUCGUGCCAUCCGCUCCCUAGUACUCCGUACAGAGACGGCUAGACGUCUUUGGCUCCGUUAUCAAAGUAUCUAAACUCUCUUGGAGCUCAAGAACGAACGGUGGAAACUCAAAAGUCCAAAACAGAAAAGGCGCUCCCUUGUGACGACGAAUGGAGAUUGGACGGAUCGCAGCCGUUAUCCAUCGCCCGCUAGGCUAAACUCUGACUUGUGUGAAUACCGUUGGGGCUUGCAGCCACAUCCUGCAGCCAUAGUUGCAAGAAUUGGGCAAUGUCCAUCGCAAUAACCACAUUUGGAGGAUGCUCACCUAUUUACUUUUUCCAUCGUAUUAGCACCCAGGACUAACGGUGUCAAAUCGGAUGUUUGGUUACAGCGUUACAGCGCGGGCAUUUUCAGUUGCUCACCCGUCAGCACUUAGUUAUGGGGUAACAGGCACCCGUACCUACCUACUUGCGAGAUCCUCUACCGUCCUCACCAGCCAAUGACCAGACCACAGGCGAGAGCCCCUGCAGUAGUCCCAUUCAAAUCUCAAUGUCAACACCGGUAACAGAGCCGAUACUGUUGGAAUAAUUCACAUCACAGAACCGACACCACAUACUGUCAUACAGUACUUGACCUCACAAACCACCAAGAAACUCGCCACUAACGGAGGAGACUCCCUGGCUCCCCAGUUGAAAGCGCCAUCCUCGGAACCUGAUCGACCCGUCCCACAACCCAACUCUGCCUAUGCUAUUGCAUUGGCUUACAACACAUGUUGCUACUUUGCUAGUCCUUGCUCGCUUUAAGCUCAACUCUCUGUUCGACGAAUCAGGGCUUAACGUUGUCGGUUUACUAACUUUGCUCCCUCCUGCUCCUAGCAUACUCGACUAAUGCUUGGAUCUUCAGUCACGACUUUUUCCUUGAUCACAGCCCGUCCGGGGUUAUUUUGCGAGAAGAACAUAAUAGUGCGACCCUUUGUACCUGGUUGCACAUGUCUAAGGUGUAAAAUGGCAUCUGACCCCGUUUCUUUUCUAAUUCUACAAACGCAGUCAGCGCAAUCCUACCACUUCUUCUACGGAAGAAUGACUUAAUGGUCAGAAGAUCAGCAUAGUAACAAGAUGAAGGUGCUCCACUCGUGGCUUCGUACAAUUCCCGAGAUUCGAUCUUACUCAGCAGGCAGAAGCCGCACCGAUCAUGUAGCGGAUGCAGCCCUCAACAAUUCCCCGUCGUUUCGAAGUAUCAUACGCCUCUGAGGUCAUUGCUGCCGUCGUUGUACGUCUCAGAAAAGGAGGUGCCGGGGGCGUGAUAUCUCGCAGAGGUCUGACGUCGCUUAAGCCUUGGGCAAGGUCUCUGAAUAGAUUAUUAUUCCUUUGUCAAACGCCCACAAAAUUGGUAUAAAUACAUGCUUCCUAUGGCAGUCUCGAU